AUGACUGAUAGUAACUUGUGUAGAGUUUUUCUCUUAUCGUUAUUUUUCUGUUCGAUUUCAUCACAGUGGCUUUCAAUCGAUGAUUUUUCAGUUAGAACAUGGAAUGAAGAAACUGGAGAUCGUUUACGUACACUAACAACGUUUCAAGUCACUAAUUAUCCAUCAAAAUAUGUUCGAUCAUUGAACAAUCGUAUUGACACUUAUACAUACGAUCGUGAGAAUAAGAAUAUCUAUUUUAUUAUGGAACAAAUAUUAUAUGGUAUAUCGAAAUUUUUUAAAUAUAAUUUAGUAUUAAAUCAAGUUGAACAAACUGAACAAGUUCAACAAUUCAUGAUUGAUCAAAUACAAUAUAAUAGCAUAAGUAAUAAAUUAUACGCAAUUAUACACAACAACAGUAAUGCACAAUAUUUAGUUGAAGUAAACACACAAACCUUACAAAUAAAAAGAGAAAUAGUUCAACUGAUAGACAUUGGUUCAUCCAUGCCUGGUAGUUAUUUUGAUAACAAAAAUCAAUUGUUUACUUAUCAUGCAUAUAAUUUUAAGAAAGGUCAUACAGUUUUAAUUACAUUAGAUUUAUCAGAUCGUGCAAGUAAAGUUGUUGUCAGGACGAAAAAUUUUGAUUAUAAUGUCUAUGGUUUUGGUUAUAUAAAAUCCGUUGGUUUAAUUGCCUUAUGGCAAUAUAGUAUAAUUACACCCAUGGUAUGCAUAAAAGUAAAUGAACGAACUGGUAAACAAAUACAAAAUGUAACAAUAACACCAAAAGGUGUAAGAAUUGCUGAAGGUUAUAAGCCAUUUUCGACAGAUUUAGAAACUAGACAAUUUUAUGUUUUAUCUUGGGAGGAUAAUUUAUCAGCAACAUAUAUUUCAAAAAUUGAUUUUGAUACAUUGCAUCUGAAUAUAACAACAAUUCAAGGACAAAAAAUAAAAGAUUUUAUAUUUUUCAAAAAGACCUAA